GAGAUUUCUACAUGUUCUUGAAGGGACUAGCAUGCUUUGCAGUUGUUCUUCCUCUCUCGAUCACAUUCUGUCAGGGGGGUGAGUUUCUUGAAUCUGAAUCUGAAUCUUAAGUUCAUUAGAUCUGUUGAUCCUCACAACAGGUUAGGAAAUCACCCACAUGAGUUCCCAGGGAACACUUGCUUGCAUAAGGCUUCAUAAUCUUCGAGUUCUUAGCUUAGCAAGAAAUCUCAUCCAUGGAACCAUUUCUAACUCAAUCUGGCAUUGUUCAAAGCUGAGGUUUUUGAAUUUAAGCAGCAAUGAUCUGAGUGGGAAAAUACGUCCGGUCUUGAUCAAGUUGGAAAAUCUGCAAAGCUUGGACAUCUCCAACAACCAUUUCAAGCACCGUUUGGAACUGAUUGCAUUUCAGAGAAAGAAUACUUUAGACUCAAAAGAGUUCAUGGAUUCAGAAUUUAAAUCUACAGCAGCAGCGGCCCCUAGCAAGGAUAAUUCCGGAGGGAAUUCAAACUGGUUAACCAUCACAGUUUUAGUUUUUGGCAUCGUCUUGUUCUGCUUAUUCAUAUAUGUUCUGAGCCUAAAGGCAGUUAAAUUGACGAGACAGAAGGAGAUUCUGAAGAUCAGCCAGGACUCUCCUCAGAAAAUGCCUCCCACUAAGGAUGCAGAGGAAGUGAAGACAGAGGAAAGUCAGAGCAUUUGCAGCAGCCUUUACAAGGUAAUACUUAGGGACAACGCUGCUUUUGCUGUCAAAAGAUUGAAGAAAUUGCAGACAUCAGCAGAAGAGUUUAGUUGGACGAUGAGAAAGAUAGGGAACAUUAAGCAUCCCAACAUUCUACGCCUUGUUGCUUACAAGUCUACUGAUGAGGAGAAGCUUCUGAUCUACCAGUAUCAAAGCAAUAGUAGCCUCCUAAACUUGCUAGAAAGUUUCCCUUGGAAACUUAGGCUGUCCAUAGCAAGCAGCAUAGCAAGGGGCUUGGUUUUCAUGCAUCAGAGGUUGGAUGGAGAGGAGAGCAUUCCCCAUGGAAAUAUCAAGCUCUCAAAUAUACUGCUGGACGAUAACAUGGAACCAUUAAUUAGUGAAUAUGGGAUUUCAAGAUUUCUAGACCCCAAGAAAAACUCCCCCUUCGCCAGCCAUUGUUAUACUGCCCCAGAGAAAAGUUUGACUGAAAAAGGGGAUGUUUACAGCGUUGGUAUUAUCCUUCUGGAGUUACGCACGGGCAAAAAUGUAGAGAAAACUGGGAUUGACCUUCCUAAGUGGGUGAGGUCCAUGGUGAGGGAGGAAUGGACUGUAAAGGUCUUUGACAAGGAGGUUAACAUAGACAGAGAGGCAAUAAAAUGGGUAGUUCCUCCUCUAGACAUCUCCCUUAAAUGCGUAUCACAUUCCCCUCAAGAUCGACCAACCAUGGCAGAGGUUAUGGAGAAGAUAGAGGAGGUUUCAAAUACCCAUGAAGAACCUUCUAUUUCUUCACUGUCAUCCUGGGAAUCAAACCAUCAUGAUUGCUGCCUACUUCACACAAUCAUACCUGAAACUUGGGAUACCCCAGGUUCUAAUUACUGGAAUGAGCAAUAGAUAUGUUUCCUGUGUCCCAUAACAAGAACAAGAACAGCAGUAGUUUUUCUCUGUUGAGCAUGAAGAACUUGCAAAUUAAGUUUAAUAAAAAAGCCAUGUCCAAGUUUACUGUAAAAUCAGCUAGCCAAUUUAUACAGGAGGCAGAGUGAUCCGGAUCCUAAAUCAUGCUAUUGUAAUACUAUUUUGGAUAGACUUUGCAAAGUGUGUUUUUUAUUUUUUUUCUUGUCUCUCCUUUUCCAUAUGAGUCAUUAUUGAAAGCUACCCUUUAACCUUUUCUUAAUAAAGCUCAUUGAGGACA